CCGAGUCAAAAACAAAGUCGUCGAGUUUGCGUGUCCGCAACUAUACUAGUACUAUGGCCUUGUCAGUUCACAAUGCUUCAAGUCUGUCUCGUGGCGUUUCGACUCAUGGUGCUUGAACUGCUGUACUCGAACCGUGUGUCGUUAUAUAUUUCGAUGAAGCUCAAGGCACUUCAUCACUAUUCAAGCGUACUAGUCACUAGUGUACGGGUGCUUCUAAUCCGAUUAUCCCAAUCGCACCCUGUCGGAUGUUCUGUCGUCCUCGCAUUUCUGGUCACUGAACUCAGGCGAAGGCGCGGUUACGACAGGAGACAUGUUACCUACGACAUCAAGGUGGACGGGCUCCAAGACUUGCUAAUCAUAACGGAAGAAAAGUUGAUUCAACUCUCACCAGCAUUGCAGGCCUGUUCGGCAGAUAUUAAUAUUUUUGUUCAUCUAUCCGUGGAAUCGCUAUGAUCUCGAGCUGCCUGAAUUUUCAGGGGAGAUGCAGAACGCGGAUGAUUGGCUAGAGCCUGGGUCUCCGUCAGACGAUUCGCUUGACCGAUCUCCUGAAGAGAAUGAUCUAGCUGACUCGCAUCUUCCAACGCGAGAGUUGAGCUUGCUCGCUCGUUUUGGGCAGCGUUUUGGCGCAUUUUUGCCGUGUCAGAUGCGUAAAAAUAUCCACCUGGCUGA